AUCAGAUACACGUUUAUUUGAAGCACUCAGCAGAAACCCGAAGACUGUUGCACGGGAGCCUGAAUAGAAUUAUAAAUUCCUUUGCAUUGUGUUGAUGUGGCAAGUCACAAUUAGCUUUUUGAAAGUCCUAUAUCUUGAAAGCUUUAUUUCUGAAAUGCAAAACAUUUUGGGACUGUAUCAACAGUGGACUAAUAGUUUUUGAGUGGAUUUUUCCUUUAAGAGCUGUGCCUGCCUGUGAGUGAGCCUAUGGCUGGCCCAGUCAGGAUGCAUAACGUCGACAACUUUUCAGCAAUUUGACCUAGCUCUUGCAACAUUACAGAUGUUCUCCCAUCUGGCUCUCCAGUCACUGAGCGCUAACACAUAGGAAGGAGUGGCAUCCUGCCUCUCCAAGGGGACCCGGCUGAUUUUACCUCCAGGAGCCACAUUGCCUUCUCAGCCGUCCUGCUAUGGUUUGUCUUGUUUUAUUGGUUGGGGAGUGUUAUGAGUUGCUCAGAAAAGGGGUAUGGGUUAGAUCUCUGCAUGCUGAAGCCUAAACCAGGCCUUUCACGCCUGGCCACAUCCCCUGACUCUGUGGAGGCAUCCCACCUCGUUUCCAUGUCAUCGCCCCUUGUCUCCCCAUCCCAGUCACGGCUCAAGUACAUGUCCCUGGGUGUGCUGGUGCUGCAGACCACCUCACUGGUGCUUACCAUGAGGUACUCGCGCACACUGCAAGGCGAGGGGCCCCGCUACCUAGCCUCUUCAGCCGUGGUGUUGGCCGAACUGCUUAAGAUCCUCAUCUGCCUGCUGCUCAUUUUCUAUGACCACAACUUCAGUUUUCUUGUGUUGAAUCGGGUGCUGAAGGAAGAGAUUCUCAACAAGCCCAUGGAGACGUUGAAGCUGGCCAUCCCAUCAGGCAUCUACACACUCCAGAAUAACCUUCUCUAUGUCGCCCUGUCCAACCUGGACGCUGCUACCUACCAGGUAACGUACCAGCUGAAGAUCCUGACCACGGCCCUGUUCUCAGUAUCCAUGCUGGGGAAGAGACUGGGGCUCUACCAGUGGCUGUCCCUGCUCAUCCUCAUGACUGGUAUCGCUCUCGUUCAGUGGCCUUCAGAGUCUCUGGAUGGGCCAGCUCCGACGCCUCUGUCUGCAGGCUCCCAGUUAGUUGGUGUGAUAGCCGUACUGAUAGCCUGCUUCUCCAGUGGCUUCGCUGGAGUCUACUUUGAGAAGAUCCUCAAAGGGACCAAACAGAGUGUGUGGGUCCGCAACAUCCAGCUAGGUUUGUUUGGCCUGGUGUUUGGUCUAAUGGGAGUGUUUGUGUACGACGGAGAGAGAGUGAGGGAGUCCGGAGUGUUCCAAGGCUACAACCCACUCACCUGGACUGUUGUGGCCCUGCAGGCUCUGGGUGGGUUGGUCAUAGCAGCAGUCAUUAAGUAUGCAGACAACAUCCUGAAGGGGUUUGCCACCUCACUCUCCAUCAUCCUGUCAACACUCAUAUCCUACUUCUGGUUGGUGGACUUCGACCCCACCAGUGUGUUCUUCCUAGGAGCAGUGCUGGUCCUUGCUGCCACCUUCCUGUAUGGCUAUGAGGCUGAGGCCUGCCACCAGCCACAGCAGAGUCUAGAUUGGAGACCCACCACCAGCCAUAGCAGAGUUUAGAUUGGAGACCCACCACCUGCCAUAGCAGAGUUUAGACUGGAGACUCACCACCAGCUAUAGCAGAGUUUAGAUUGGAGACCCACCACCUGCCAUAGCAGAGUUUAGAUUGGAGACCCACCACCUGCCAUAGGUUGCUGAGGAGGACGAGCACAACUUCUGAAUAAAGAGUGUAGACAGAAGUAGUCCUGCGAUGUUUAGCGCUCAAAAUAGAUAGGAGUCGCCUGAAACGGAAUGUCUGAGACCGCCAACACAGACUGGGUUUUGUUUGUCCAAUCAAGAUAGAGGGCAACAUCCGACAAUGACUAUUUAGCAUUUACUAAGCUUUUUAUUGAAAUUCAAAGUGAUUUAUGAUGCAUGGGGGUAAAAAUGGUACAACGCUCUCCCCAUAGUGAAUCCAUCAAGUUUGACUCGAACAGGCUCAUGAAUGUGACUUCUUCACAGUUAACACUCUCAUGCAUUUCACGCACGCACGCACACACACACACACACACACACACAGGCCCAUUCAUCGAGCUGAAGCUGUUAUGAUGCCUAUGAAGGGUUAUGCUCACCUUUGAUCCCUCACCUCCUUUCAUCUCAGGGGUGAUCAUGGAAUCACCAAAGCAUGGAAUCAUGGGAAAACAGGGACGUUACAGGUAUCAACAAAAAUGUUUGGAUAAAUCCAAGAAUUCACUGACAACGUUAGUUUGAGAUAAAUAUUCAAUUUUUAUAUAUUUGAUCAUGUUUUUAUGUAUUUGGGGAAUAAGGGAGUAUGAAUGUAUUUUAUGGGUACUGAUGGUCAAUAAGACCAAGGGCAUUCAAAUGAAUUGAAUGCCUCACACGUUACAAAGCCCCUCCUCAUUUGUCUUUGAGUGACAGCUCCACCUAGUGGGAGUGUUGGGCCAUAGCACAUUUACUGCAGAGGGGAGGGGUUGAGACGAAUGAUUAGAGAUGCUGGAUGUCUUUUUAUUGGGGACAAGGAGGAAAAGGAUUAAAGGAAGGAAUGCUUUGAACUUUCUGCUCAUUUCCGGACAUUCAGAUCCAGUUGCUGAUGUUUGUGUGCAUAAAUUGCCUUUCAUGCAACAACAGAAAUUAAUAAUUAAAGAGAUCAAAUGUGAAA